GCCGAGCGGCGGGCGGAGCAGCGGCCGCGCGGGCCGGGCCGGGCCGGGCCGGCGGGCGGGGCAGGGAGGAGGGGCUCCGGCAGCAACCCGCAGAACGAGCCCGCGUGGGCGGCGGGCCCCGGGGGGAGCCAGGCCCCACUCCGCCCCGCGCCGCCGCCCCCCGGCCUCCCACCACGGCCGCGCUGGGCGAGGGAGCGCUGGCCUCCGCUUCCUCCUCCUCCGACUCGGACACCGGCGGCGCCUCCCCGCCCCCGCGGAAGCGCGCGCGGGCCUCCCCGGCGGCGGCGGCGGCGGGCGCAGGAGAGCCCGGCGCGUCCGCGGGCAGAGCCGGCCUCCCCCCGUCCCCGGCUCCGGCCCCCCCGCUCCCGGCGCCGCUCCCGCUCCCGGCCCGCGGCGGCAGCGCCAUGCAGGCCAACGGCGCCGGAGCGGGCCCGCCGCCGCCGCCUCCGGGCGCCGAGCUGGGCUGCCUAGGCGCGCAGAACGGCGAGGCCUCGUCCUCCUCCUCCUCCUCGGGGCCGGCGCCCGGCGCCGACGGCCUGGCUCACGCCAACGGGCUGCUGCCGCCCGCCGGCCUCGGCGUCAACAACGGCGUGGCGCCCGCGGCGGGGGCCGGGGCCGGGGCCGGGGGGGCCCCCACGGAGCUGAAGAAGAAGAAGCGGCUCUCGCAGUCGGACGAGGACGUGAUCCGCCUCAUCGGGCAGCACCUGCACGGCCUGGGCCUCAACCAGACUGUUGAUCUUCUCAUGCAAGAGUCAGGAUGUCGUUUAGAACAUCCUUCUGCUACCAAAUUCCGUAAUCAUGUCAUGGAAGGAGAAUGGGAUAAGGCUGAGAACGACCUGAAUGAACUUAAGCCUUUAGUGCAUUCUCCUCAUGCAAUUGUGAGGAUGAAGUUUUUGCUGCUGCAGCAGAAGUACCUGGAAUACCUGGAGGAUGGCAAGGUCCUGGAGGCUCUUCAAGUUCUACGAUGUGAACUGACUCCACUGAAAUAUAAUACCGAGCGCAUUCAUGUCCUCAGUGGGUACUUGAUGUGUAGUCAUGCAGAAGACCUACGUGCAAAAGCAGAAUGGGAAGGGAAGGGAACAGCUUCCAGAUCUAAACUUCUGGACAAGCUCCAGACAUACCUACCACCUUCAGUGAUGCUUCCUCCAAGGCGUUUACAGAAUCUAUUACGUCAAGCUGUGGAGCUACAACGGGACCGGUGCCUAUAUCACAAUACCAAACUAGAUAAUAAUCUAGAUUCUGUCUCAUUGCUUAUAGACCACGUUUGUAGUAGGGGUCUGAGAUCAAUAUGUGAUGCGCCGUACAUGCUGCAAUGCUUGGGCAUAAUGAGGAAACAGUUUCCAUGUUACACACAGCAGAUACUUACAGAGCAUUGUAAUGAAGUAUGGUUCUGUAAAUUCUCCAAUGAUGGCACUAAACUAGCAACAGGAUCAAAGGACACCACUGUUAUUAUAUGGCAGGUUGAUCCAGAUACACACCAGCUAAAACUACUUAAGACAUUAGAAGGCCAUGCGUAUGGUGUUUCUUACAUUGCUUGGAGUCCAGAUGACAACUACCUUGUUGCCUGUGGCCCAGACGACUGCUCUGAGCUUUGGCUCUGGAAUGUACAAACCGGGGAGCUGAGGACUAAGAUGAGCCAGUCCCAUGAAGACAGUUUAACAAGUGUGGCCUGGAAUCCAGAUGGGAAACGCUUUGUAACAGGAGGACAGCGUGGGCAGUUCUACCAGUGUGAUUUAGAUGGUAAUCUCCUUGACUCUUGGGAAGGGGUUAGAGUGCAAUGCCUCUGGUGCUUGAGCGAUGGGAAGACUGUUCUGGCAUCAGACACACACCAGCGGAUUCGAGGUUAUAAUUUUGAGGACCUUACAGACAGGAACAUAGUACAAGAAGAUCAUCCUAUUAUGUCAUUUACUAUUUCAAAAAAUGGCCGUCUAGCUUUGUUAAAUGUAGCAACUCAGGGAGUUCACUUAUGGGACUUGCAAGACAGAGUUUUAGUGAGAAAGUAUCAAGGAGUUACACAAGGUUUUUACACAAUUCACUCUUGUUUUGGAGGCCAUAAUGAAGACUUCAUCGCUAGUGGCAGUGAAGAUCACAAAGUCUACAUUUGGCACAAACGUAGUGAGCUGCCAAUCGCGGAGCUGACAGGGCACACACGUACUGUUAACUGUGUCAGCUGGAACCCGCAGAUUCCAUCCAUGAUGGCCAGCGCCUCCGAUGAUGGCACUGUUAGAAUAUGGGGACCAGCACCUUUUGUAGACAACCAGGAUAUUGAAGAGGAAUGCAGUAGCAUGGAUAGUUGAUGGAGAAUUUGGAGCAGACGACUUCUGUUUAACUUAAUUAGUCGUAUUUUAAAUGGCUUGGGAUUUGGUGCAAACAAACAUGAUUGAUAGCUGGACAGACAUGCUCGUCAUGAAAAAAGAACCAUUUCUGAAGCCCGAUCGGGGCCAAACAUUUACCACCUUGCUUCAUAGUAACCAGUUGAGAUGAAGCACGUCGUUUAGAGCGUUGUUGGACACCGUGUUGAAUUACCCCCCCAUCGGUUGUGAAGAACUGUGCUACAUUCAGGCUAACCAUUGAACUCCGUAUAUAUAUUUUUUUCCCUCCUGCCUUUUGUCUGGCGGGCUACUGUUCUUGUUGCUCUUCUGUGUAAUGAAGUUUAAAUGCUUGUUUGGAAAACUUUAUUUAACAGUUUAGAAGGCUUGAUAGAAAGAGUGCUUUAGUCUGAAGAGUACACAUUGGAUAGGAAAGUAUUUCCUUCUCUUGUUUCUCUAAAUCUCUCUCCGCCUUAUUUAGCUUGAGAUCUUUGCAGCUUGGUUCAUGGAUUCUAGCCUUGCCCGUUGCGCAGUAUAUAUAAAUCCAGGUGAUAAACAAGUGAACUAUGUCAAAAGCACUCAAUAUCACAUUUGACAAAAAGUUUUGUACUUUUCACAUGGCUCGUUGCCCUGUAAAGGGGUAAACAGCACAAUUUUUUAAAAAUAAAUUAUUUAUAGGAUAAAAAUGACUUCAUUUGUAUACAUUUGGAAUUUAAACCAGCCUAAAAAGUGUCGUGCAAUGCAGUAUAAUUAAUGUUCUUCUAGAGUGUUGUGCAAGACCUGGCCAAAAACAGUGGCUGUAAGGAGUUUUACACAGGCUACAAAAAGUAUUGUUUUAAAAGAGAAACCUCAUUGCCCAUCCUAAUGAAGAAAUUGGAUUAUUUAGAAGCAAGAAACAUCAGGUUGCAGCAUGAGACUACUAGGUUAAUAAACAGGACAAAGUUUGGAUUACAUAAAAACAAACUUCUUGCAUAUAUUUAAUUUGUGUAGCAAUAUUAGGAAAGAGCUGGAACAAAUGAUUACUUUGUGAUUUUAAUAAGAGUACCUGACCUUUCAAAUUUCAGUACAUUUUUAAAACUUCCCUUUUUAGGUUAAGGGAAGAAUUACACACCUGCAAUAUUUUCUUUAGCCUUUGAUUAACAAAUGCAUAGAUUUUUGAGAAUAUACUUUAAAGUUUACAGGUUAAAUGUCUCUCUUGGAUCUUGUUCUGAACUGGUGCUGUGGAAUAACCUGACAUUUUAGGAAUGGUUCAUUUAAUUUCCUGUGUAAAAACACUUAGUUUGAGUACUUUAUGCUUCUUAAAAUAAACAGAUGGCCUGGUAUCUCUAUUGUGCUUCUGCACUACUCGGCAUUUGGUUCAUGGUAUGGUUUUGAAUUCUGUUUUUUCUAAUUGGAAGGUAAGGGUAGUAUUGGGACUGCUUGGAAAUAAGACAUUGCAUGCCCUCUUCCUUGCUAUCAUGAAAGGUGUGAAGAAAGGAGUGGAUGAGGCUGUUUCCUACUGAAGCUAAGUGAAUCUACACUAGUGUGUCAUUGGUUGGAUGGAGAGAGAACUUUGCUAGGGUCCAUGGGAAGACUGAAACAUUCAUGCCUGGAUAACAAGAAUGAGAGAAAUGGCACAGUAAUGGGUCCCUUUUUAAAGGGAAAGAAAACCAAAUGGAUUCUUCUAAGGUUUACAAAGCAGGAUGGAUUUGAACAGAUUAUGGCUGUUUAACAGGUUCUUCUCAUGCUUGUGUCUAAUCUUAAAUCCCAUUUUCUGUGUACUUGCUGAGAUGAACCUUUUAAGCUAACCAGUUUUAUUCCUCUCUGUGGUACUGCCAAACUGAAACGAGGGCUGCAUAGCAUAUGCAUAUCCUCAAUCUAGUUGUUUUUUUUCUUCAGCUUUCCACAAUCUGCUUUAAAAUUGCACUGUGAGAAUUUAAUAAUCCUGGAACAUGAGGAUGCAUAGAUUUUUUUUUUUUUUUGAUUAAACAAUGAAAAACUAGGAUUUUCUCCCUCCCCCCAACUUGCUCAUUCUUUAGACCAGCAUUCUGUGAUUCUUGCCACAGUUGCAGUAUGACUUCUCCUGUGGCAAGAGAGGGGGGGAAAAAAAACCCUAGGCUAUUAUAACCUCUUUGAGACUCAGAAUUUAUUUGAAACCAAAUUUGUAUACAGCACUUACAUAUUUGAAGUACAGUAUAAUUGUUUAGCAGCAGCAAUAUUAUUAUUCAUUACUUUCAAAGCUUCAUAUGUAUUAUGUUAAAUACAUAUGUUAAGGUGGUAUUUUUAGAGCAUGACAUUCUCCUGAUUUUUGUUUUUGGUUGUUUUUUUUUUACAACUUUAAUUCUUUUAUAAUGAUGUUCAGUUACCAGAGUUACUUACCGUGGUGCAUUUAAUUGAUGAGGUGCCCAGUCUGGCACUGCUUGCUUGCCCCAUGUUGCCCUUAACUUUGUAUGAGUUUUGAGCACAUAAAGAAUGCAGGCCAAAGCUCCUACUGUAUUCCCAGAAGUGUUUUUAUAUAAAAAAAAACCUUCCACAGGGUUUGUGUAGCAUACUACCUGUAAAAACUGAUAGCAGGAAUUCUACAGCCAGUAGAAGCUACAGAGGCACAUCUAGCCAAUACCUACCUUUUUAUAUAGGGGUACAUAUCUAGGAAUAUUAAUUUAAAUUUGUUAGAAAAACAUUCUCCCCUCCAUCUCCAAACCCAAGAAUUACAAGCUUCUAAAAGUCAGUAUAUACUCUUAAAAUAUAUACUCACAGAAAACGGUUUAGAGGAGCUAAGGAGAAGUACAUGUUUUUAUUUUUCAUUUUAAUUUAGUUAUGUGACUAUGCAAUAUAGAUGAAAGGCUUAUGUAUCAGAUGGAGUGGUUUAUGUCCAGAAUUUUUCUUAAGGUUCCUGUCAACAUUUUGUGUUGCCUCUAUGACUUCUGCAGAAAUUGAUAGAAAGGAGACUGCAUGACAAAAAUUGAUGGUACAUUAUUUGAUAUCAAAAUUAGCUGUAAACCUACAGACAGUGAAUGAUGCAGCUAUAGCUACUGCUUUAGGAUUAGUCUACAAGAGAUCGGCCUAAACUAUUUCUAACAUGCUAUCACACAUUCAUUACAUGGAUUGAAAAGUACUAAUACUUUUUGCACAUAGACCAAAAAAAAAUGAGACUUUGGCAAUGGAAAAAGCAAAUGCUAUUUGCUCAUCUGCAAUGCGUUAACUUCCAUGUGCUUAAAAAUGUUCCCAAGCUGGGAUUUAAGGGUUAGAGCAAGUUCAAGACACUUGCCUUCAAUGAUCAGUUAUUUCUAGUUACUGAUUCUAUAAUCCUGGGAGAACCUACUAUAAACUUGUAUUUUACUUUAUUUUUGCCUUUGAUACUGUUUUGUAGCUGUCUUACAACUCAUAAUAGCUACAGAUUAUUAGCAGGGCAAACCUUUUAUGAAUUAAUUAUGCUCCUGAGCUGUUCAGGUAAGUAACUCCUAAGAGAUGAUGGAGCACAAAAGGGGAAAUAAGCUGUUACAAAUCUCUCCUUCUGGAAAAACAUAACUUUGUUCAUUUUCCCUCCUUUCUAAUAUAAAUUCUUCAAAUCUAAAACAAAGUGAAUGUAGUAACUUUACAAGUAGACAAAGAUGCAAGCUAGAGAACUGUUAAACUCUUGGCAGUAACUUCUCAGCCUGGUUUCAAGCCAGUAAUUUUUAAUACAGCCAAUCUGCUUAAGCGGAGUGUUUUAUGUCUAAUGGCAUCUCAUCACAUCAAUAAACAACACUCCCACCUUUUAAAAGGAAAAAAAAAUCUUUAGGAUACUUCAUGGAAACCAGAACUGACAUAAACAGAACUGCCCUAUGUUGAGCUAAUAUAUUUUAUAUGCACAAGGUGGUGGUGGGUGGGGGGGGACAACACAAGUCUAGUUCACAGUAGAAUUUCUGUUGACUGGUAGCUUGCGGAGUGGGCAGGGGGGAAGGGAGAAGACAGACUUUCAGUAGACCUGUGUUCAUAUCUAUAUCCCAGAACACGCAAGUUGCCUCAACGUGACUUAAUUUGGAAUAACUAUUAAAAAGGAGCAUCAGUACUAUAUUAUGGCUUGAAAACCCACAUUGGCUCAGGACCAUUAUUGGCUGUCAUUUUAUUCAGAAAAUGCUAAUUUGUAAGAGGAUUAGAAAAACUUCAUUAACACUUUGACACUUUUUUUUUUUUUUUUUUUGAACAGGGUGGACUUAAUUGAAUUGUGUAGUGUUUUUGAACUGCUACAGUAGCUGCCUCUAGUUGCUGAAACACAAAUAUAAACACAUUUCCUGUGUUUUGAAUUCAGAUUACCUGGAUUCAAUAAAACUGUGUGAAUGUGUUUCCCAUGUAGUAUGAAUGUGUGGGUGUGUGUGUCCCAUAAACAGACAAAGAACUAAGUGUUCUAGGUACUUUUCAUGUUUACUGCAUACUUUAAGCCACAUUGUGUGCGUGUGUGUGAAGUGUUCUCUGACUUCAAGACUUUGGUUAAUACCAGUAUAUUUUUAUAAAUUUUAAAUUCAAUGUGCCCCAUGUUUACUUGAGCAUUUUUCAUUCUUAGGGUAAACGUGCUAGAUCUGAAUCUUAACAUUUUUAGGCACAGAUGGAAAAAGUUAUUGGCUCUUUGAAAAUGUAUGGAACAAAAAUGGAUCCUCAAAGCAUGUGUGUACUUACAAACCAAGCUGUAGAGAUCAAGACAAGAACUUUAUUGUUGAUCUCAAAAUUUCUAAAUUGUCAAAAUUUCUAUGGAGUUGUGGUGGAACUAGUUAACACUUAGAGCUUUUGGUAUGUAAUGACUUUGCUAUGGACUGAUAUUAAAUGUUUCAAAGGAUUGCGUUCUUAAACUUUCUGGAUUUUUGUUACUCUCCUCUUGGAUUAUAUUAAGUAGUUCAAAUUUCUUUGCUAUAUUACAUUAAAAACAUAAGAAUGUUGGGUCUCGUAUUUAUUUUCACUCAUUUUACUAAUUAUUUACAGUACACCUUUUAACUUUUUUUUUAUUUUAUAAAUGUGUAGUAUGUUAAACAUCUUCAAAAAUUGUUCGAUUGGAACAUUAACUUCUGAUUUUGUUUUUAUUAGGGUUUUUUAAAAAAAUACACUUUUUCCAUGUCAGUGCACAGCACUUAACUGUUUGUAUUCCCUUUCUUUCAAUUCAAUAAACAGAAUGAAUAACUGGA